AUGAGGACCAAAGGCAGCCAAAACAAGUUGAUGAAGAUCAUAACGACGCCCGUUCGGGUUCUAAAGAAAGGCCGAGAUAUGUACGUGCAAAGCAUGAUGAGUUAUGCUCAAAAGCCCCGUUACAGCAGUAGCAACAGCAACAAGGGGGCCGUUAAACCGGUACAAGCCGUGUCCGGUUUGCCAAAAAGUUUUAGCACUAGUGUCACGUCAACCCGAUCCACAAUUUACGACGGUAACGAUGAUUUUGCCGAAUUAAUUCGCGCAAAUUCAACGAGUCACGACAAUAGGAACAUGAAUUUGGACGUCGAAGGGUACGUUAAACAACUUAUCGAAGAGCAAAAAUUGAGCAGGCAGAAACUAUACAACGAUCAUUUAGCGGAAAAUAAUGUGCACUCGAAAAUGCCUAAAGGUGUUCCGCGGAGUUGUAGUGUUGGGUUGGGGAGAAUCGACGAAGGUAAGGCUUGCGAAUUCGAUGAAGAAGAGGAGGAAGUUGAGGAGGGAGUGAAGAAAGCGCCGGAAGUGAUGUUGAGAAGCAGAAGUCACGCUGUUGGAGCCGGAAAUAGAAAUAGUUCGCUCGUGUUUUGA